AUGAGCGACCACCCAAGAAUCAGCGUCCUUGACGAAACACUCGUUGAUGGUCUACCAAGUGUUUCGAAGACUCUCUUCCAAGCCAAAGCCAGACAUGGAUAUACGUUCGAGGAGCUUGCACAGAAAUUAGGUCGCAGCGAGGUUGCGGUUGCUGCUUUAUUCUAUGGCCAAGCCCAGGCAUCCGAUGAAGAUAUCGAGAAGUUGACAGAAGCUCUUGACCUCCAAAAUGGGGACUUACACUCGCUGUCACUCGGUUUCCCUAAUCGGGGACGUGCGGGACCAAUGCCUCCCGUAGAGCCGCUCAUUUACAGAUUGUACGAGAUUGUACAAAACUAUGGGUAUGCCUUUAAGGCUGUUAUAAACGAGAAAUUUGGCGACGGUAUCAUGAGCGCUAUUGCAUUCUCUUCUAAGGUUGAGAAGGAGGUUGACGGCGAUGGAGUCGCUUGGGUUAACAUUACGCUCCGAGGAAAAUGGCUACCGUUUACUCGAUUCUAA